GCUCCACAAAGGGACCAAAAAAAAUACGGCGCCAUUUUAGCGUCCAAGGUGAAGCUCGUGGAAACUCGAGUGAAUUCAACCGUUUAUUUUCGAGUUUUGUGGACAUGUUUGCGGCGUGGAACACCUCUGAGGUAGCACGUGGUUACCACUAGGAAGAAAGACGUUUUUUUCGCUGCUGAAAGAGGUACUUACUUCCUGUUUUUGGUCCGGGAACUUGCUAGUGACCAGGAUGCAGGCAAGUGCCAGGAUGCAAGCGGUUGGAAUACGCGUUGUUAGCCAAUCCGGAUACAGCCGUUAUCAAAUGUCGGCCAUUUUGUGUCAGGAUCAUGCGAUUCUCGUCAACGGGGUGUGUAUUUUGAAAUAGCCACAAAUGGAUCAAUUUUCAAGCUUUUUUCAAACAAAGAUGCAGUAAAUUAACUGCGUACUUAAUUUUGACCUCCCGCCCGAAUCAUCACCACGCUAAUAGGGUUUGUUAUCGACAAAAUUGUUUGAAAAUCUGUCAAGAUUUAGCAGUGGAGAAAGUCCCUCACAUUAGGUUCGAUGCAGCUGACCCCGCCAUUGCAUUCCACUGCUUUAAGAUGGCCGCCGAUGACUGACGCCGCAGACUCCCACCAUCUCGGAGGCUCCUUCAAGACUUCCGGGUCGAGAGGUCGCGCGGGAAGAUGACAAAACGAGAUUAAACCGAAUACAUGCACAUUUUAUCCAGAUUCAGACAAAUCGGCAAUAUUGAGAGUAUUGACGUCAAGUGCUUUUUCAGUCGUUAUACCGCUCUAAACUGCUUUGUUGGUAUUGUGCUUAUAUCAAUCUAGUCCGCCUAAAAAUAUCUUCCGCCCCAAAAUUUAUUUCAGCUUAAUGGCUAAAUGAAACCGCAAAUUCAACGAGAAUAUAGAAUAUUUAUAAAAUUCUAUAAUAUUUUCUUUUUGCAUACAUUUUUUUUAAAUCCGUUCUUGUGAUUUGAGUUGAAUGUUGAGUCGUUGUUUGCGGCGGAAGCUAAGGACGAACGGAACAUUCAAGCUACAGGAAUCUCGGUGGACUUGGCUUCAAUUUGAUCAAGAAAUGGAUGAAAAGCCGGUUAAAGUUUUGGUGUGCGGGGACGUCGAAGGCAAGCUCGGAGCUCUCUUCAACAGAGUGCAAAGCAUCCAGAAGAAGACGGGACACUUUGACCUUCUUCUGUGCGUUGGAGAAUUCUUUGCAGCCACGCCAGAAGCUGAGGAAGAGUGGCAGCGGUACAAAAGCGGGGAAAAGAAAGCUCCCAUCCACACGUACAUCUUGGGCGCCGGAAGUCCGGAAACGGCCGAGAAGUUUCCCGGCGCGGACGGCUGCGAGCUGGCCGACAACAUCACGUAUUUAGGUCGGCGCGGUGUCUUCGCAGGGGUGUCGGGCCUGCAGAUCGCGUACGUCAGCGGGCGCGAGGCCACGCGGGAGCCGGCGCCGGCCCAUUGCUUCGCUUCAAAAGAUCUGGCGGAGCUGCUGGCCCCGCUGAUCGGCGGCGCAAAGUUCCGCGGCGUCGACAUCCUGCUGACGUCGCAGUGGCCCGAGGAGGUGUGGCGCUUUGCAAAUAAACCGCAGGAAGUUGACACAAAGUCGUGCGGAAGCGGCGCCCUCGCCAAUGUGGCGGACAAACUGAAGCCCAGAUAUCACUUUGCUGCACUAGAGGGCAUUCACUAUGAAAGGUUACCUUACAGGAAUCACAUAGUGCUGCAGGAAAACGCUCAGCACGUGACCCGCUUCAUCGCCUUGGCGAGCGUCAACAACCCCGCCAAGAAGAAGUACCUGUACGCCUUCAACAUUGUCCCCAUGAAGACCAUGGAGCCGUCGGAGCUGGUCAAGCAGCCGCAAGACGUGACCGAGAGCCCGUACAGGCGAGUCGCGAAAGACCGGGACGGCGCUUUGAAGAGCGGCACGAGCUUGGCGGCGGAAGAGGAGCCCAGCACGCAGUUCUUCUUUGACCUCAACAGCGGACGCGGCCGGAAGAGGCCGCACGAGGGCGACCGGUCGCGACGAAAGCCACCGCGCGAGCACCCUCUUCCCCCCGGGGAGUGCUGGUUCUGCCUGGCGAGCCCUCAGGUGGAGAAACAUCUGGUGGUCAGCAUCGGGACACACUGUUACCUGGCGCUGGCCAAAGGCGGCCUCAACGCGGGACACGUGCUCAUCCUGCCCAUCGGGCACUACCGGUCUACGGUGGAGCUUGCCGCCGAGGUUCUGCAAGAGAUGGAGAAGUACAAGGCGGCGCUGAGGAGCUUCUACAAGAGCCGGGGCGAGCGCUGCGUGCUCUUUGAAAGGAACUUCAGGAGCCAGCAUCUGCAGCUUCAGGUGGUCCCUGUGCCGCUGGACUGCUGCGCUAGCGAUGACAUCAAGGAGGCCUUUAUGCUGCAGGCUCAGGAGCAGCAGAUGGAGCUCGCCGAGAUCCCUCGGCACAGCGAUCUCAAACAGAUCGCCCCUCCCGGCACACCCUACUUUUACGUGGAGCUCGACUCGGGCGAGAAACUCUUCUACCGCAUCCAGAGGAAUUUCCCGCUGCAGUUCGGGAGGGAGGUACUGGCCAGCGAGGCGCUGCUGAACGUUCCCACCCGAGCCGACUGGAAGGAGUGCAAACAAAGCCGAGCGGACGAGGAGGAAGCGUGCGCCAGGCUCAGGGAGGCCUUCCAGCCCUACGACUUUGCCUGGGACGACUAAAACAAAAUUGAGGUUCAAAUGUGUAA